AUGGAAAACAAGGAGAGAGAUUACACCAGUAGGAAGAGGAGGGGGACCCAAAGCCAAGAUGAGUACCAAUUCAUGAAACUGAUUCGUCCGGAUGAAGACGAUAACGACGACUUUCUUACACUCUCAUUGACUUUCCGCCACAGCAGGUCCUCAACACAAGCUUCAAUAGAUCAGCAGCAGAGAAAUACCACGUCCCCGCCGCCACCUCCACCAUCACCACCACCUUUGAUGCUGCAACCGUCACCCUCGAUGGCGCAAACCCAAUCGUAUUUUCCCCAAAGCUCAUCACCGCCUGAUCGAGAACUCCCUCUCCCACUUUCCCCCGCUCGCUCACUUUACAUCGCUACGUUGGUGGCCGAAACCUCGGCGACGACGUCUUCCAAUCGCCCGUUAGUCUACCGGCAGGAGACGGUGGGACCGUCACGGCCAGUAAGGGCUCGUCGGAAUCCGACGCAGUGUCCGCGCGAGGGAAAGAGCGAGCAAGUCCCCGCGCCGUUUCCCUGGGCGACGACUCAGCGAGCGACAGUCCAUAGUCUGAACUACUUGGUAAACCAACAGAUGGUGACUAUAACGGGUGAGGUCCAGUGCAAAAGAUGCGAGAGGCAUUACGAGAUUGAAUAUGAUUUACAGAAGAAGUUCGUGGAGGUGUGGGAUUUCGUAGCUAAAAACAAAAGUAGCAUGCACGAUCGGGCUCCCAGCGUCUGGAUGAACCCUGCGUUGCCAACUUGCAUGUAUUGCGAGCAGGAAAACAGUGCCAAGCCCGUGAUAGCGGAGAAGAAGAAAGCCAUAAAUUGGCUGUUUUUGCUUCUGGCAAUGCUGGGUUGCUGCACACUUGAACAGUUGAAGUUCUGCAAGCACACCAAGAAUCAUCGAACGGGGGCCAAAGAUCGAGUCCUUUAUCUCACUUAUCUCGGACUCUGCAAGCAGCUCGAACCAAAUGGUCCCUUUGACCGCUGA